AGAAACUGAGGAUCCCCACUGAAGGACAGGAUAGCAGUACAGCCCGGUGACGAAAGGAACUGAAGGGCGGUUUGGGUCUUGGUGUCAUCACUCCCUGGUGCUAGGAGACAGAGGAGCGGCAGGAGUUACGGCGGCAGAGAAGGAGGAGGAGGAGGAGGAGGCUCGCAGAUGGACUCUGACCUGACGGGACACGACGCCGACGAGGACGCGGCCCUGCAGCUUGCAAUCCAGCAGAGCCUGCUGGACUGCGACAAGCAUGGCGGCCGUGAGGUCCCCGUCCCUGAGGUCAAGUGCAGGAUCCCUACAAACACAACAGAAAAAGACAAGAUCUUUGCGGCCAUAAAGAGAGGUGACGAGGCAGCUCUACGCAAGCUGGCCGUGUGCCAGCAGGCUUUCGGUGAGGUGGACAACAGAGGCUGGAUCCCGCUGCAUGAGGCCGCAGUCCAGAACAACAUGGCAAUCCUGGAGAUUACAUUUGCAGCCUCCCCAACUGGGGCAGGGCAAACACAGACACUUCAAGGGAAGACGCCCCUCUUCCUGGCUGUGGAGAAAGGCCUGGAGGAGAAUGUCAUCUUCCUGCUGCAAAAUGGAUGCAGCCCCAACACCCAAGAUGAAGACGAGGACUCGCCACUCGUCGCAGCCAUAAAGACCGAGCAGUAUGACAUGGCUGUGCUUCUGCUCCGCUUCAAUGCCAGAGUCAACCAGGAGGGGGCGCACCGCAGGACCCCGCUCCACGAGGCUGCUCGUCUGGGCAGGGAGAAAUUUGUGAACCUACUCCUGGAGGCUGGUGCUGACCCUGACCCCCGCAGCGCUUUUGGGCUCACCCCGCUAGCCUUGGCAGCUCAGGGCGGUCAUUUGGAAAUCGUUCGGGUUCUGCUCCAGAAAGGGGCCGAUGUGGAGUCUCAGGCCUCAGACUCUGCCACCAUCCUGUUUGAAGCGGCCGCUUCUGGAAACGCUGAGGUCAUUUCCCUGCUGCUGGACUAUGGCGCAGACCCCAACGUGCCUAAGCACACGGGCCACCUGCCCAUCCACCGAGUGGCGCACCGCGGGCAUCUGCAAGCUCUGGAAUGCCUCAUCCCCGUGACAACGUUUGAUGCGGUGGAGGACAGUGGCAUGAGCCCGCUGCACUCGGCGGCGGCUGGCGGCCACGCGGAGUGUCUCCGGCUGCUGCUGAGCGCCGGCUACGAUGUCAACUUCAUGCUGGAGCCGUGGGUGCGGCGCAACUACGACGACCAGCGCAAGUCAGCCCUGUACUUCGCCGUGUCCAACAACGACAUGCACUCAGUCCGGCUGCUGCUGGAGGCCGGCGCCAUGCCCAACCAGGACCCUGUCAAGUGCCUGCAGGUGGCGCUGCGGCUGGGCAACUACAAGCUCAUCAGCACGCUGCUCCGCUACGGCGCCAACGUCAACUACUACUCGCGGGUCAACACCACCCACUUCCCCUCCGCCCUGCAGUACGCCCUCAAGGACGAGGUCGUGCUCCGCAUGCUGCUGAACUACGGCUACGACGUCAAGCGCUGUUUCGACUGCCCGUACGGGGAGGGCUCCCACGUGCCCCACGACUACGAGGGCUGGACUCCCUCUGUCAUCAAGGACAUGAUGUUCUGCGAGGUGAUCACGGUGUACUGGCUAAGGGACAUCUCCGCUCACAUAGUGCGCAUCAUGCUGGACUACGUCGAUCACGUCACCUUCUGCUCCAAACUGAGAGCUGCCCUCGUGGAGCAGGCAGAGUGGCCCGACAUAUGCAAGGUCCAAAGUAACCCGCGCUGCCUGCAGCACCUCUGCCGCCUGAAGAUCCGGGACUGCCUGGGCCGCCUGCGACUGAGGGCCCCCAUCUUCAUGAGCUUCCUCCCUCUGCCCUGCCGCCUCAAGGACUACAUCCUGUACCGCGAGUACGACCUCUACACCCAGGGCGGCACCACGACAUCGCAGUGACUGUCUCAGUCAUAGCAACUCUAGUCCCACUGCAAACACCCGCAUCCACAAGCACACACAUAAGCGGACUCUGUCAGUGCCU